AUGCUGGUGUCACACCGACCUUGUAGGUGUUGGUAUACGUACAGUUAUCCUGACGAGGUCGUCCUGGCAGUGGACGAUGAGCGACGCAGCCUGAUUAGUCAGCUAGAGGAGGCCAGAGAGGUUGGCCAUGGGCAGGCGAUGCGUAUUAGGGACUUGGAGCGGGGUCUCCGAGAUGAGAUGCAGAGGGCGGACGCUUUACGCCGUCAGCUUCAGGACACUCAUCAGCACCUUUUCGCUGUGAAGAGGCAGCUGAAGGAGAGGGUUCGGAGUAUUUCGAUGGACUGCGAGGUCAUCCUAGAUAUGGCCGCGGAGGCACCGUCUCGAGCCACCGGUCCAGAGGGGAUGGACGAGGUGUCACACCGACCUUGUAGGUGUUGGUAUACGUACAGUUAUCCUGACGAGGUCGUCCUGGCAGUGGACGAUGAGCGACGCAGCCUGAUUAGUCAGCUAGAGGAGGCCAGAGAGGUUGGCCAUGGGCAGGCGAUGCGUAUUAGGGACUUGGAGCGGGGUCUCCGAGAUGAGAUGCAGAGGGCGGACGCUUUACGCCGUCAGCUUCAGGACACUCAUCAGCACCUUUUCGCUGUGAAGAGGCAGCUGAAGGAGAGGGUUCGGAGUAUUUCGAUGGACUGCGAGGUCAUCCUAGAUAUGGCCGCGGAGGCACCGUCUCGAGCCACCGGUCCAGAGGGGAUGGACGAGGUGUCACACCGACCUUGUAGGUGUUGGUAUACGUACAGUUAUCCUGACGAGGUCGUCCUGGCAGUGGACGAUGAGCGACGCAGCCUGAUUAGUCAGCUAGAGGAGGCCAGAGAGGUUGGCCAUGGGCAGGCGAUGCGUAUUAGGGACUUGGAGCGGGGUCUCCGAGAUGAGAUGCAGAGGGCGGACGCUUUACGCCGUCAGCUUCAGGACACUCAUCAGCACCUUUUCGCUGUGAAGAGGCAGCUGAAGGAGAGGGUUCGGAGUAUUUCGAUGGACUGCGAGGUCAUCCUAGAUAUGGCCGCGGAGGCACCGUCUCGAGCCACCGGUCCAGAGGGGAUGGACGAGGUGUCGCACCGACCUUGUAGGUGUUGGGAUACGUACAGUUACCCUGACGAGGUCGUCCUAGCAGUGGAUGAUGAGCGACGCAGUCUGAUCAGUCAGCUAGAGGAGGCCAGAGAGGUUGGCCACGGGCAGGUGAUGCGCAUUAGGGACUUGGAGCGGGGUCUCCGAGAUGAGAUGCAUAGGGCGGACGCUUUACGCCGUCAGCUUCAGGACACUCACCAGCACCUCUUCGCUAUGAAGAGGCAGCUGAAGGAGAGGGCUCGGAGUAUUUCGAUGGACUGCGAGGUCAUACUAGAUAUGGCCGCGGAGGCAUUGCCACGAGCCACCGGUCCAGAGAUGAUGUACGAGGUGUCACACCGACCUUGUAGGUGUUGGUAUACGUACAGUUAUCCUGACGAGGUCGUCCUGGCAGUGGACGAUGAGCGACGCAGCCUGAUUAGUCAGCUAGAGGAGGCCAGAGAGGUUGGCCAUGGGCAGGCGAUGCGUAUUAGGGACUUGGAGCGGGGUCUCCGAGAUGAGAUGCAGAGGGCGGACGCUUUACGCCGUCAGCUUCAGGACACUCAUCAGCACCUUUUCGCUGUGAAGAGGCAGCUGAAGGAGAGGGUUCGGAGUAUUUCGAUGGACUGCGAGGUCAUCCUAGAUAUGGCCGCGGAGGCACCGUCUCGAGCCACCGGUCCAGAGGGGAUGGACGAGGUGUCACACCGACCUUGUAGGUGUUGGUAUACGUACAGUUAUCCUGACGAGGUCGUCCUGGCAGUGGACGAUGAGCGACGCAGCCUGAUUAGUCAGCUAGAGGAGGCCAGAGAGGUUGGCCAUGGGCAGGCGAUGCGUAUUAGGGACUUGGAGCGGGGUCUCCGAGAUGAGAUGCAGAGGGCGGACGCUUUACGCCGUCAGCUUCAGGACACUCAUCAGCACCUUUUCGCUGUGAAGAGGCAGCUGAAGGAGAGGGUUCGGAGUAUUUCGAUGGACUGCGAGGUCAUCCUAGAUAUGGCCGCGGAGGCACCGUCUCGAGCCACCGGUCCAGAGGGGAUGGACGAGACUUGUGCCCCGAAAUGGACUCCGGUGGUCAAAGUAGAGCUGGAGAGCAAGGACGAGGCUCUGAAGGAAAUAAUGGAAAUGGACCGGAUCAAGUCGCUACAGCCAUCCAGCGGAUGGCCGAUCUACUAG